AUGGGCCCUCCGUUGGAGAAGGAGAUCGAAAAAAGAACCAAGGAGCUGAUGGCUCUGAGGGAGGAGCUGGAGGGUGAGCUGCAGAGCAAGGCCAUGCCACAUCUGGAUCGUGCCGGAAUUGCCCUGGAUAAAUUAGAGAUGAGGGACAUGGCCGAGUUGAAAAGCCUCGCCAAGCCUCAGGAGCAGCUGAAAAAAGUCAUGGCGACUAUUGCUGCAGUCGUAUACGACUUGGAGGUGAAGACUGAGGCCGACUGGAGAAAAAAGGUGGGUUCUUACCUUGUUUCGGACCUCCAACAGUUCGACCGUGACGAAAAGCUCAAAGAGGGCUCAAGCCAGCUCAAGGAGCUUGAAAGGCAUUGCGCUGACAAGGAGCUAAGCUUGGAGGAGAUGGAGUCGUUUGCCGGCCCCAGGGUCGCAAAGCUGCUCAACACGUGGAUAUGGGCGAUGCAUGAGUACGCACAGGUUAUGAAGCCCAUCACCCCCAGGAUUGAUAAGCUACACAAGAUGGAGAAGGAGCUCGAAAAGCUUUAUGAAGAAAAGAAGGAGCUUGACAAGAGCAAGCCUUCGUCUUGA